AUGUACAUCAAGACGCUCACCAUCCAGGGGUUCAAAUCCUACCGUGACCAGACACAGAUCGAGCCGUUCUCACCAAGACACAAUGUCGUGGUCGGUCGGAACGGGUCAGGGAAGAGCAACUUCUUCGCAGCUAUCCGGUUUGUUCUAUCUGACGCUUAUACGUCAAUGUCUCGUGAAGAACGCCAGGCUCUUCUUCAUGAAGGCGUCUCUGUGACUACCACGUUAUCUGCUUACGUCGAGAUUAUUUUUGACAACUCAGACAAUCGCUUCCCUACCGGUCGCGAUGAGGUUAUCUUGCGCCGCACCAUUGGGUUGAAGAAGGAUGAAUACAGUUUGGAUAAGAAAAGUGCUAGCAAGGCGGACGUGAUGAAUUUACUGGAGAGCGCAGGGUUCAGCAAGAGCAACCCCUACUACAUCGUUCCACAGGGUCGGAUCUCGGCGCUAACGAAUGCCAAAGACCAUGAACGGCUCGCCCUUCUCAAGGAAGUGGCUGGGACUAAGGUAUACGAGCAGCGCCGUGCAGAGUCCUUGCGUAUUAUGUCUGAGACGGACGCGAAGCGUACCAAGAUUAAUGAGCUGCUCGACUACAUCGACUCGCGGCUCACAGAGCUCGAAGAAGAAAAGGAAGAACUGAAGGAGUUCCAGGAGAAAGACAAGGACAGACGCUGUCUCGAGUAUGCGCUCUACCAGCGCGAGUUGGAGGAAGUCGGUGAGGCACUGGAGGAAAUCGAGGAGGAGCGCCGAGGGGACGUCCAUAGUGCUAAUGUGCGGAGAGAACAGUUCAACGACCGAGAGAAGCAGGCUCAGAACUUGGAGCUGUCAAUCAAACAAAUAAAAACCAAUUUGACGACUCUAUCUCUCACUCGACAAGGCGCCCAGUCCGAGCGGACGGAACUCAUUCGCUCUCGCACCGAGCUGGAGUGCACGGUUGCUGACCUUCGGCUCGCUGCCGAGCGCGCAGGUGGCAAACGCGAAGAAUUAGAGGCGGAGCUUGCGAACGUGCAGGAGCAGAUCGCCGAAAAGGAGACCACACUCGCAGCUCUCAUGCCAGAGUGGGAGGGCCAUCGCGCACGAGAGAAUGAGGAGAAGCGCAAAUUGGACGAGGCCAGGGCGCGGCUUGAUGCGCUGUACUCAAAGCGCGGGCGACUGAACAGAUUCCGGUCGAAGGGGGACAGGGAUAGGUUCCUCAGAGGCGAGAUUGCAUCGAUGGAGGAAUACCGGAACUCGCAGGCUGCUGCUCUGGAUGAUCUCCGUGGAGAUUUGAACAGUGCAAGGAGGGCGCUGCAGGAAGUGGAGGAGAAGCUAGAAGGCGGACAGGAGAGGGUGGAAGAUGGGAGGCGGCGAGCAAGAGAGUUGGGAGAGCAAGUUGCGCGGUUGAAGGAUGAACAUGCGGAACAUAGCGAGAAACGAAAGGAGUUGUGGAGGGAAGACGCCAAGUUGGACAACUUGGUGAACCAUGCUGCAGAUGAGGUGAGGGCUGCCGAGAGGACAUUAGCCAGUAUGAUGGACAAGGACACUGGCUCCGGCCUUCGCGCAGUUGACAGGAUCGCCGAAAGACACAAUCUGGAUGGCGUGUAUGGUCCACUAUAUCGUCUGUUCGAAAUCACAGACGACAAGUUCAAUAUUGCCGUUGAGCUGACGGCUGGCAACAGUCUGUUUCAUGUCGUUGUCGAUACCGACGAGACCGCAUCGAAGGUCCUUGAUAUCAUGAUCAAGGAAAAGACAGGACGUGUGACCUUCAUGCCGCUGAACCGCUUGAAGCCCAAAGUACCUCCGACGCCCAACGCUCAGGAUGCUAUCCCGCUUUUGGACAAGCUCCGAUUCGACAACACACACGUAAAAGCCUUCCAGCAGGUUUUUGGAAAGACUUGCGUGUGCAGAGACUUGACCAUCGCCGCAGCGUAUGUCAAGAGCCACGGCAUCAACACCAUCACACUCGAUGGCGACAAAGUCGACCGCAAGGGCGCGCUGACUGGCGGAUACCACGACGUACGAAGGUCUCGCAUCGAGGCGAUCAAGAGUGUCAUCAGCUGGAAGGCGAAGCACUCUGCAGAUGACAAGCGGCUGCAGGAGGUCAAAGCAGCCAUCCUGCAGCUGGAGCAGGAGAUCACCAAGUUGACUGGAAAGACCCAGGUGCUAACCAACCAGCAGACGCAGGCCAAGAAUUUGCGGGAAACGUUGGCAGAGGAGACCGCAGCUCUGGGGAAGGAAAGAGACCGGUUGACCGAACGCAUUGCCAAGAUGGAAGGCAAUAUUGAUGACUUGGAGUCAGAGCUGAGCGGUCUCGAUGCAAAGCUGGAAGGAUUCCGUGCUGAGCUGGCGAGUCCAAUGGCUCAGGGACUGACAUCCCAGGAGGAAAGUCUCAUCGAAACUCUUGGGAGGGAGGUUGAACAGCGCCAAAAGCAACUGCUCGAACUUGGAAAGAAGAAGAACGAGUUCGGUAGUAGCAAGAAUGCGAUUGAGAUUGAGCUCAACGAGAGUUUGCGGCGCCGACGUGAGGAACUGCGUGGUAAGAUCGAGGCAUUAGGCGAAGCUGAGGCCGGCGAUGCCACGUCGGAAGAGGCGCUUGAGGCUCGAAACCGAGAACUCAAGGCCCUCAUCAACUCGAUAGAAUCUUUGACAAAACGAUCCCAAGAGAUGGACAAGGACGUCGAGAAACUGAACAGCCAACUCCAAGAGCAGCGCACAACUCUUGAAAAUCUGCAGAAUCAGCAAGCAGAAGAUAGCCGAGGGAUCUCCAAGCAGCAAAAAACCACCGAGAGGUAUCUCGCCAAGCGGCAGAUGUUACUCACUCGCAAGGACGAGUGUAAUCGCAAUAUCCGUGAUCUGGGUGUUCUUCCAGAGGAGGCAUUCGAGAAGUACACCAGUGAGAGACUUGAUCGAUUAGUGAAGAAGUUGCAUGCCGUGAACGAAGGUUUGAAGAAAUUCGCGCACGUCAACAAGAAGGCGUUUGAGCAAUACAAUAACUUCACCAAGCAGCGAGACCAGCUCUUGAAGCGUCGAGAGGAACUCGACAAAUCUGCACAAUCUAUAGAGGAAUUGGUUGAAGUACUCGACCAACGAAAGGAUGAGGCCAUCGAGCGCACCUUCAAACAGGUAGCAAGCAACUUUGAGGAGGUCUUCGAGAAGCUGGUACCCGCUGGAAGAGGAAGAUUAAUCAUCCAGCGACGUAUUGACCAGGAUGAAGAAGAGGCCGAAGAGGCUGAAGACACACAACAAAGCGCCAUUGACAACUAUACUGGAGUAUCUAUUAGGGUGUCAUUUAACUCGAAGGUUGAUGAAGGCUUGAGGAUACAACAGCUGUCGGGUGGGCAGAAGUCAUUGGUUGCUCUUACGACCGUCUUUGCUAUUCAGAAAUGUGAUCCAGCACCUUUCUAUCUGUUCGACGAGAUCGACGCGAAUCUGGAUGCACAAUACCGAACUGCCGUGGCUGCUAUGAUUCAUGAUCUGUCCGGAACGGCUCAGUUCAUCACGACAACGUUUCGGCCGGAAAUGCUCGUAACGGCGGACAAAUUUUACGGCGUCCUGUUCAAUAAUCAGAAAGUCAGCUCCAUACGUGGUAUCAAGCAGGAGGAGGCGAUGGAGUUUGUGGAUCAGGAGGCGCAAGCGCAAUAA